AAUGGUUUUUGUUUUCUUUUGUAUAUUGUUUAAUUUUUGCGUCUUGCAUAGUUGUUAUCAGUUUGCUUAAAUUGUACAAAAAAUAUCAUUAAAACGAUAAAUGUUAGUUACUUAGUCUAAUUAUCCAUCGAUACAAACAUGACCAAUUCUUAUUUGCUGCACGAGCUCGGUCAAAUAUGUGCGGAACUUCGUUCGGAAAAGGUUACCAACCGAAACAAGUCAUUGGACAAAUUGGACAAUUUACUUGCCAAUUCCAAAGACGAUGUAAUGCAGUUAUAUGCAGGAAGCACUGCAAAGCUUGAUCCUUCUUGGAAACGUAUAUUUAAUAGUUCCAUUGACGCUGCCAUCGAUCACGCAAAAAAAGUCCAGGAAGCUGAAGGAACCAAGACUUUUCAGACCCAACGCAACAAAAACCACAUUUACAACUCAAUCAUCAAUAGACUGAUUGAUUAUAGUCUUGAAGAUGACAGCUAUCUAUUGGAUCAAUCUACCAUUUUGACUGCCUUCAAAGACGGAUAUGGCAAUGUUACUGUCCGUAAGAACUUUGGUAGACUAUUUUUACAAAUCCUGGAAAGAGGAAUUUAUGAUUCAGUAGAGAACAUUCGAGGAAUAAAAGCCUCUGAGUUGAGCUCAAUCCUAUCUUACCUCUUCGAAAUGAAUAAUCCCGACGAUGAUAAUUUGAAGCUGGCAGUUAUACGUUGCAUCAACAAAACGGUCGAGUUAUGCAAGCAAUAUGUUCAACUUGGACUUGAUUUAAGGGACUACUUUCCGGAUGCAAUAUCUUUGGCUAAUGAAGCCCGAGAUGAGCAACAAAAAGCAGAAGCUAUUAAAUUGUUUUAUUUGUUAACAUCAGAGCUCCUAAUAGAUUAUCACAUUACUGUUUGUGGCCAUAUUCAAGAAGUUUUACCCACUCUAUGUGAAUAUUAUAAUUCCCAAAUGAGAAUCGAAACAAAGACUUUCUUUUUUCUUGGUGUGUAUUCAUCUUUGAAAGCUAUUUAUCCAAAUCUCAAUAGUGGCGAUUAUAAUCCGAUUGGUGUAGCUCUCAAUGAAAACUGGAUGAGAACUGUUGUGCGAAAGCUUAAUGCAAUAGUAGAGGUUGAAUCAAAAGAACAAUCUAUUCAACUACAACGAUCUUCAAACUAUAAAACCGAUGAGCUUUUUAAAGUUUUUCUUAAAACAUCAGCAAUGAUAGUUUAUCUAAUGAACUGGGCCGAUGGUCGUAAUACUCAGGAAGAAGAAGAGGAACAGCCAAGAGCCAAGAUUCAACGAACACCUGAUAGACUUGAGACCAUUUUGGAUAAAGUCACCUUAAAGGAUAAAACUUCUAUUAAUCAAAUUUCAUUGCAAAUUUUCACGCAACUAAUUGUUACACAGCCACAUCUUAUAAAUGAAAUUAAUUUUAUCCCAAUUUUGGAAUCACAUCAUCAUUGUCUGUCGAUGUUUAACUGCUGGCAAAAUUUAAAAUGCCUUCGACUGGGUUUCGGUACUCUUCUUCAAUUGGAACCUAAACUUUUUCCAAACAUGCAAUUAGCGUCGGAAAAUUGGAAACAAAUAGUGGAGUUCUUGAUUGCAGAUACAUGCAGCAAUACUGAUGUUUUGAGAGAGAAGCAUUUACUUUUGCAAGAACUAAUCCGAGCAAAUAAAAUUAAGCUUGAAGAUUGCACAACGCUUUUGAAUUUCUUACUAAUUAAUACAACAAUGCGUCGCAACGAAUGCGUAUCUACUAUUCGAGAAAUGCUUCUUUAUAAUGAAAAUUGCAACCUGGACAAAACAUCUGAAAUUAUUGGUAAACUUCUGAGCUGGCUUUACCAGUCGAAUAAUAAAAUUGAUGGCAAAAGUUUACUUUUGAAUGUUGAACCCUUGAAUGAGAAACUUGUUGCUGAUACCGCUGCAUUGAUGGUAAUAAAUUUUCUUGAUUCCAUGCCAAAAGCUGAGAGUCAUCAAGUUGACCUACCUGAUGGUGAUGAGGACGACGAAACAAAACUCAUUAAUUACAAAUAUUGCCGUAAAUAUAUUUGCAUUGAAGAGCAUGGUAAAGAUGUUAGGAGAGCUAAUGGCUUAAAAGCGAAAGAAAAGCCUGCCAGAUGUUUUAUUCAAAGUAACUACGAACUUUUGAUGCGAUUACUUAAUUUUGAAACAUCCAAGAAGGAAACUUUACAUAAUAUCAACAUGGAUCUAUCUCGUUUGCUCAAAAUGGUUCUGGUAUUGAGGCAGUUUUUCUUUUAUGGCAUUUUUGAUACAAACACAUAUUUGACUUGUCCUCUUAUAAAGAGAAUUGGGUUUUUUAUUGAUAAUUUAGAUUUUCAACUCAAGAGUAUCAAUGUUCAAAAAAUUUCAAAAUCUGAGCUACUGGACGUUAUUGAAAUACUUUUGGAAAUAUUCAAUAACAUAUGCGAUUAUAAUUCAUUCUUUACUUUCUUAGACAAACAAAAUAUUGAAGGUUUGAUUAAUUUUUGUGGAGGUGUUCUUAAAAUAACAGAAAACAAUAAAUCGGAAGAUUCCAAAAAGUUGUCCCUUAAUACUAUGAAACUACUUGCUACACUAUGUUUCAGUAAAAUUCAUUCAAAAAGAGCAUUUGCGUAUAUUAAACAACAACGAAUGAUUCUAAAGGAUAAUUUAUAUGGAAUUUUAUCUCUAAUCAAAAUAUUUUGCAAACAACAACAAAAUGAAGAAAUUGCAGUAUGGUUUGGUGGGAAACUUAAGACAAUGUGUCAACUUUAUUACUCGGACAUUGAGUUAUGCGAUAAAAUAGUUCAAAUAAUGCCAGAAAUCGUUCGAUAUGUGGAACCGUUUCAAGCUGAACUCGAUAUUUGUCUAAUAAUUAUAUCUUCUUUCUUAAAAGUCACAUCUAAAAAAUAUUAUUCCACAAAAUUAGCUGCAAAACUUAUUAAUUCAGUUCGCCAAAUAGCCAAUUAUUGUCCGAAUUUGAUUGAUCAAGACAAUUUCCAAGUUAUAUGUUUAAUGCCAUCAAAAUUUGUAUCAUCUCAGAGUAUAAUUAUUUCAUUUGCUGCUGUUAAUACAAUAACCGCUUUAUUGGAUUCAAAGUGGAUAUCAAUCAAAACCACACACAUGGAAAAAUAUUUUACGUUUGCUUCCCAACUUUAUUCAAAAUUAGAUUGGAACAAUUUACCAAUGGAAAAAGAUGACAUUAAAACGAAUAGCACUGCCGUCGCAGUUCAAUUAUUAACUUCUCUAUUUGCAUUUAGCUCUUUUCAUCGAGAAGUUGCUUUUCAAGAACUAGGCAAUUAUUUAGGAUCACAAAGUCUGAAUGAAAGCUAUUUCUAUAAUUUUCGAGAUAUUGCGGCAUUUUUCAAUUGUUCCCUUUCAGCAUUAACUAAACCUUACAUCGAUGCAUUGCUUCAUGUCUGGACGCAGAAGAAACUGCCUAUUGCAAAGUUUCCCUACUUUUUGUGUGAAGAUAGCCAAGAAAAAUGCUUCACUACUCAUCUUUCCAGUAUAUGCUAUUAUCAACUUCGAUUUUCUUCGACUCAAGGAUUAGAAGAACUACAACGUCUGAAGUACGGAACAGCUCGACAACUUCUUGCCAAAGCCUUCCCAAUCUGCUACGCAUAUUUACUAAGUCAGCUUUCGAAAAAUUCCCACAGCCCUGAAAUUAAUUAUGUCGCACAAGCUAAAGGCCUAUUGAAUAAUUUAAAUGAUUUUGGUGUUGACUUGGUGAGUUCAAAUACCAAAGUACACUGGGGCACAAUUUAUAGUGCAACAAAGCAACUCUGGGAUGAAUAUCACUAUGCGACCUUAUUUGGAUUCACUCUCUACGCUAAUACUCCAUCUAUGUUAAUGAACUUCACAAGCCUUAAACACAUUUUAAGAUAUUAUCUUCAAAAAUGUUACGCUCUCCCAUCAACCAAAACACUAGGUGAUUGUUUUGUAAUGCUCAUCAAAAACGAUCCAAUGGCUUUACUAAGGGUUUUUGCUGCCUUCAAAUUGGAAUUCAGUGAUUUCAUUUUCCUUAGCGAUAGACUCAAGUCAUUUUAUUGGUUCUGUUCACUGGCUGAGAUAAUGAUAGAAUCUAUAUCGGAACAAAAUUCGAAGUCUGGUUUAAAUAGCACGCAAACAUUUUUCCUCCGUGAUAUUCUGUUUUUUAUUCUGAAAUCUCUGGAAAAGGGUGAAAAAGAAAUAUAUAAAGCUGGUCUACACUUCCUCCAUCAAGUUCUCGAUAAGAACAUUUCUUCAUUUUCCGAUAUAAUAAAUAAGCAUUUGAAUGAUAUAGCCUGUAUUCUAGUUUCUAUAACUCAAAAUAGUGGUCCAUCUGUUGACCAAGAUAUGGCCAUAAAUUUGUUAGAACUGCUCAUAUGCCAACACACGGCAAAAUUUAUUGAUUCCAUUAAGUUGUUGGAUAAAUUCCCUGACUUGGAUAUCUAUCAGCAUUUAAGGAGUGCUGUUGAAAGUAUAAGCGAUAAUCGAGAUAAAGAACUUCGAUGGGCGGUAAAGGACUUUCUGAAUACAACCACUAAAGGCGUCGAAGGGAUAAGAUCUCUUAAAAAUUGUAUUGCAGGCGAAAAAUUAAAAUUUGAUAAUAUUUCAAAGUCUUCAAAUUUGUUGUAUGAUCUUUUAAAAAGAUUAAUAGAUAUGGUUCGGAGUUCAGAAACAGAUAUAGCGAUGGAGUCAGCAAAAUGCUUAGGAGAAAUAGGAUCUGUUAAAAUUCCUGAUAUAUCCUUCUAUUUUGAAUGUGAAUCAACUUUUUAUAGCAUGGAAUUUGCGUGCCAAGAUGAAAUGACGUUCCUUGUUGAAAGUUUAUAUCGAAUACUGGAUGAAUUAUUAUUGCUUUAUGAUUCUGUUUCUAUUGUGGAUAUGUAUGCAGUAUGUAAAGAUUUGGCAAGUUCUAAAAUUGGUUCGAGAGUUUUGGUUUCAUUUCCAACGUUUGGUUUGUUUUUGAAACAAGGUUACGUUAGUGUUUUGGAUAAUUAUAAAUCAAUUGAUGGUUUUAAUUUUAUCGAUAUAUUAAAAAAACAUGAGGACUUAUCAUAUGAACAAUUUUCAAAAGCAUUUUCAUCGAAUGUCUUUGAAAAAUGUCAGUGGGAUUCAAUUGCUAAACUUUGCAAAAACAGUGUUUCUUUUAGUGAAUCAGCAAUACUACCGUUCUUCAAUUUACUCUUAGCAAAUAGAGAAAGUCAUUUUGAAAACAUUUUAGCUUUGUUGGAAUACUUUUUCUCUCAAACGUUUGAAUUCAUACAAAAUGAGGAAUGGAAAAAAUCUCAAAAUGUAUAUAGUGACAAGCGAGUGAUUAAGUAUUUUCUAAAUAUUUGUGAAUGUAUACGAAUUCAUAAUAAUUGGAACGUUCCAAUAAAUCUAUUGUAUGUUGCCAAAGCGUGUAUAUUUUGUCAGGCAUAUUUCAUGGGAAUUUUAUAUUUGGAAAUGUGGGCAUUAGUAGAAAAGGAUAAAGAAAUAUCUAAAAAUGCUGAAAUAAUAAUAAAUCCUAUAUUUCAAGAAGUUGCUACAAUGGCCUUUAAAUCUAUAGAUUGUCCGGAUGCAAUUUCUGGGUUCUUAGAUCCACUUAAUUCAAGACUCGAGUAUCUUAAUUUGGAAGGCGAUUGGUCACAAGUACUAAUGGAAAUAGACGCUUCAAAAGAUUUAAACCAAAAUCUUUACAGUCAGAGUCUAAAAAAAAAUGGUUUACUAUUAUUAUCAAGCUCAGAUAAAUUUACUAACAGACUUGACUAUGAAUGUUGCUGGAGACUUGGUCAAUGGGAUACAGCUGUAGACACUAAUUCCAAAAUUGUUAACUUAAAUGAUCUAGAGUUUGAAUUUGAAAAAAAUCAUUUCAAUGCUCUUAAGUCAAUAUUUAACCGAGAAGAAGUUAAUUGCAUGUCUGCAAUUGAUAAAGCCCGCCAAGCAAUAGUUUCGAUUUUAAAAGAGAUCAGUAUUGAAUGUUUGCAGAAUAUUUACAAAUAUCUCACAUAUCUACAAAUGUUACAACAAGCUGAAGACUUUUGUCAGAUCCAGUUUUCAAAUGGUACUCAAGCCGAGCCAAUACUAAAAAAAUGGAUUAUUGAGCAAGAAUUAACGUAUGGUAACUUUAACUGCAAGGAACUUGUACUAUCUCAUAACAUGGCUCUCUAUAAAAUAGCUGGUAUUCGAGCUGGCAGAAGAAUAAAUGAGUUCUUUAAGGAUAAAAGUCCCAUUGGAGAAUGUAUUUUGAAAUGCAUCAAUGAGUGCAAAAAUGCUGGGAACAUAAAUUUGGCCAUAAGAAAUCUUACACUUUUAAGGAGUAUCGACACAUCAGAACAACUUAAGGCAAAAGCAUUAAUAGAAGAUGCAGAUAUAUGUUGGAAAACUGGAAAAUCAAGAAUGGCAAAGGCAAUACUUCACAAUGUUAUGUCCAACAAGGAUUUUGUUUAUUGCCUUGAACGAAUUCAGGCCCAUAGGAUGUAUGGCGAAUUAUUGCUUGAGACAAACAACGAAACGUUUGAAGUUGUUCAUAAAGAAUUCUUCAUUCGCUGUAUGGAGCUUCUCAACAAAUACUCUGAACAUAGAGAAAAGGUUUUAAAAGUAGCAUCGUUUGAUGCUAAAGAAUUUGAGACUUUCAACAUAGAAAGUCGUAAAUUAGCUUUUGCCACUAUAGCUAAAUAUGCAGAUAAGGAGUACAUGCAGUUGGAUACUUAUUUAAACUCAGAAACAUUCCGCACUAAAGUACAAAUUAUGAUGAAGAAUAAAGAAGAAGCACAAAGUCUUGCCCGGCAAUCUAAAGAACGCGAUAAAUCAAUUGGAAUAAAUGUUAUGCUAAGGAAUUGUGGUAUCGAUGACAAAGAAAUCAAAAUGAUGGAAUUGAAGAGAUCAGAAAACUUGUGUAUUGCAGUAGAAAAUUACAUUCAGUUUUGUAAACUGGAUAAAGAUAUAACUAGUCCCGCUGUAUAUCGAAUAAUAGCCCUAUGGUUCGCAAAUAAGCAUGAUCAAAAAUUGCACGCAAAAAUCAAGGAAAACAUUAAUGCAAUACCCAGCUAUAAAUUCCUUUGCGUUCUUAAUCAAAUGUCUGCAAGGUUAAGUUCUAAAAACCCAUCAUUUCUACAACUUCUUGAAGAGAUUUUGAUUAAAUGCAUUCAAGAUCAUCCGCAUCAUACAUUACAUAAAAUUUUUGCUUUAGUCUUUGCAUAUGCUGACGACCCAAAGAACACUACAUCUUCUGAUCGUGUUGACAUAGCAAAAAAUAUGAUUAACAAAGUUAAGAACAAAAUGCAUACAUCUUGUAUAAAACAAAUGGAAUCUAUGUUUAUAGCUCUUAUCGACUUUGCGAACAAAGAAAGUGGAAAGAGCUCAUCAUUGUCACUAAGUGAUAAAGUAAAAAGACUCAAAAACCUCGAAAAUGUACAAUGCCCAACAUUGGAUUUACCAAUUUCUGUAAACAAAUCGUACUUAUUAACUUACAUCAGAAAAUGGGAAGACCAUGUUGGUUUAGUUGGAGGAAUAAACGCUCCCAAGAAACUAAUGUGUGUUUGUUCUGAUGGUGUUUCUCGACCACAACUUUUGAAAGGCAAAGAUGAUCUUCGACAAGAUGCAGUUAUGCAACAAGUUCUUUCAAUGGUUAAUGAAUUGUUGAAAAGUGAUCCUGAAACAAAUGAUCAAAAACUAAUGUUGCGUACUUAUCGAAUUGUGCCUCUUUCUAUGCGAAGUGGUAUAUUAGAAUGGUGUGAUAAUACGGUUCCUAUUGGGCUUUAUCUUUGCGGAGAUAAGAAAAAUGAUGGUGCUCACAAAAAGUAUAGACCAAAUGAUUAUACUGUUGCCAAAUGCCGGUCUUUGUCAAUGGAUGCAUUAAAAAAACAAGAUUUCAACCAACGCCUACAAGUCUAUCAGCAUAUUUGUGAAAAAAUAAAACCAGUGUUCCAUUACUUUUUCUUCGAGAAAUUUUUAGUCCCGGGUAUUUGGUUUGAACGUCGGCUUGCUUACACAAAAAGUAUUGCAACAACUUCUAUUGUUGGAUUUAUUCUUGGCCUAGGUGAUCGACAUGUUCAAAAUAUUUUAAUAGACGAACUCACUGCUGAAGUUAUUCACAUAGACUUUGGAAUUGCUUUUGAACAAGGCAAAAUCAUGCCGACUCCAGAAACAGUACCAUUCCGUUUAACCCGUGACAUCGUUGCUCCAAUGGGAAUAUCCGAAGCGGAUGGAGUAUUUCGAAGGGCUUGUGAGAAAACCAUGAAGAUAUUAAGAAAAAAUCAAGUUUUUCUAACUACAAUAUUAGAAGUAUUACUGUACGAUCCAUUGUAUGUAUGGAAAUGGUCUUCUCAAAAAAAUCUGGACACCGAUAAGGAUGGAGAUAGUGAAGGGAAGAAUCUCACUGCACAACGUGCUUUGCUGCGAGUUCAAGAUAAGCUGGAAGGCAAAGAGGAGGGGAAAAUGGGCACUCCUAAUGUGGAAGUACAAAUUCAAAGGCUCAUUAAUGAAGCAAUGAAUGUUCAUAAUUUAUGUCGUUUGUACCCAGGCUGGGAUCCAUAUUUAUAAUUGUUUUUCUAUUUAAAAAAAAUAAAUAUUUUUGUUACAUCUUAA